AUGCCUCCACCAAGCCCCCGUCCUUUGACUUUGUUCACCCUCAUCCCCGAUAGCGAUGCGGCCAGGGCUGCCGUACACCACUCCGCCAACGCCCCUUUUGUGUCGCAAUACGGAGACCAACUCGUUUUCGAUGUUGGCCACAUGCGAGCCAAACCGAAUGGCACCCUCGUAACACUCGGCCGUGGCAAUGCAGACAUAGUUCUCGACUCACCCAGCCUGUCAAGGAUCCAGUGCUCCUUUGUGAUCAACCCGGACACCAACGUCGUCAUGUUACAUGACUUGUCAGGCCAGUGGUCCACUCAGGUCUUUGGCCUUCCUUUGUUCCCUUUCGAAAACGAUCGCACGCGACAGGUCGUCGUCUCCCCGACACUAAAUCCGGUGCUCGGCAUGGGGGGUGAGAAGCGGGACCUCUACAAGUUCCAGCUGGAGUGGCGUCAAGAUCUCACCAACACCCUGAAGGAGAUCAAGGCGCGGAAAGAAGCUGAUGCCUCGAUCAGCUACCAGGAAGACACCCGAAAUGCCCGAACCAUCGACGCGAAAGAAACAGAGAUGCAAACGCCUCGGUUCGACUUGAGAAUCCAAGUCCCCCCUCGGCCGAAAAUUCGGUAUAUCUACCCGGAUGACUCCGCGCUCGGCAGAGGGCAGUUUGGCCAGGUAUUCAAGGUUCUCGAUGUGGACACAGGGAGGUUCCUGGCCGUUAAGAGACUGGUCCGACAGGCCGAGGGCAGUUGGGAGGCGGCAGCCCAAAAAAGGGAAGUCGAAGUGCUCUCGCGCUCGCGCCACCCUCGCAUCGUUGAGUUUGUCGGGCAGCAGAUGGAUGAGUUCGGCUUGGAUAUAUUCAUGGCUUUGAAGGAAGGGAGCGUGCAAUCUUUGGUGAACCAGAUCCUCAGGGAGAGUACGACACCGGAAAACUGCAAUGCCAGGAUUGUCACCGUCGGGGAGGGCGUCUUUCCCCAGAUGUUGUCGGCGCUCGACUUCCUGGCCUACAAUGGCGUCGUGCAUCGCGACGUCAAGCCGGCAAAUAUCCUCUACGACACCACCUCCAAAGGCAAGCACAAUUUCUAUCUCGGAGAUUUUGGUUUGUGCCACAAAACCACUAUCGCCGAGACACUCGGUAUUGGCACUAAAAUCUACAUGGCGCCGGAGCUGAAUCGCCUCGGCCCCCAAGAGAUCUCGGGCACUGGCUCCCAGGCGAAAGCCGACGUGUGGUCUCUCUUUGCCACCAUGCUAUGGAUCCUGGAUGUCAACGGCUACCGGGAAAGGUCGUCUGCCUUUUGGACGCACCAGGAAGCUGUUGGAGCCGUAGUCUACGAGGCCGACAAUUCGGCAGGAAUGGCGAGCAUCCGAGAGAUGGCAAUCUAUCGACCCGAGCUCCGAGCGUCCGCCGCGCAGAUGCUGCUCAAGAUCAAACAUGCAGAUGAUUUGACUACUCCACGGAAUUACAUACCGGCUCUCAUCCAAUAUCACGAUGCGGUCUCUGCUCACCAGGCCCCUUCAUUCAUGUAUCUCUUUCCAGUCUUUUACAUUAGAUAUCCUCAAGUCGCCGCGCACCACAUCGAUGCCUUGCCAACAUUAUUUUCUGCGCCCGGCUUGCUAAACCACCUAAUGAGGUGCUUUAAUAUUUUUCCUGUUUAGCUUCAUCUUUGGCAGGCAGCCUGUAACGGACUGGCUCUAUUGGUAAUUGUCGCGGUAGCUCAUUCUCACCUGGACCGUUUAUUGCCGGACGGGAGGGAGGAUUUCGGUCGGAAUUCCGGAUAACGCAACCCUGCCCAGAUGAAGGGCCACCCCCGGACAAUGCGGGGGAUCCGAUAUUUGGAACCGACAAGAACCUGGGGUAAAAUGUCCCAAGACUGUGGUUGAGUCGUCAC